AUGGCGGCAGUCCAGCGGUCAAGCGCGUAUGCGCAUGUCCUGCGGCGGUCUCUUGGGGAGGUUUCGCCACGCGAGUACAUUGAGGAUGUGUACGCGGAAGGUUCAAGGCAGUUGAAGGUCAACCAGAAGAAAGUGAUUCACCGACAAGGCAUGAACGUGUGGCACAUGGAUCUAGAUCCGGUCGAGAAUCAAUAUCUGCUCGUGGGGGCGGGCACCGGUGCCCUACGCAUUUUUGACCUGUCCAUCUUCGACACGAUUCCACUUCCUGAGGAUUCCAGCUCGAUUAAACCGAUGUGUACCGUCAAGCCAUUGAAGCGACCCCGAGACGUACGAACGUUCGAUGCUGCGCAGACGCAGAACCUGCCUGGACAUGCGGCUGGGAUUACCGCUGUGCAAUGGUACCCUGUGGACAAUGGAAUGUUCAUCACUGGGUCCCAAGACACCACAGUCAAGCUGUGGGAUGCGAAUGAAAUGGACGUCGCGAGCGCGUUUUGUCUCCACGACGUUGUUCAUGCCGCGUGCUUUUCUCCUUGCGGAUCCACAUUACUUGCUGUCGGCACGGACCACGCGGACGUCCGACUGUGCGACGUAGCCAUUGGCGCCAGCACCCACCGCCUUCUCGGCCAUCGCGCCGCCGUUCGUUGUAUUGCGUGGUCCCUCUCAGACGAGUUUCACUUGGCGACGGGUGCAGCCGACGGGUCCAUUCGGUUGUGGGACAUUCGGAGGUCGGGCGCGUCGGCGUGCUUGAUGGUCCUCAACCAAGAUGGUCUUCCAGAUAUUCCCCGCCACGAAGCAGCGGUACGCGUCCCGAAACGCCCCCGACACAACGACCCCCAUCAUUGCAGCGCAGAGAACCAUGGCACCAGCGCCCAAGCACACACUCAGGCAAUUCAGUCGCUCCGAUAUACACCGGACGGUCGUUGCUUAGUCAGUUCCGGUGGGGACAACUGCAUGCGGCUUUGGAACGCGUCGACGGGAGUCCACUUGUUUCAUAACUAUGGUUUGAUCCAGUGCAAGGGUCCUCGCCCUGUGACUAUUGGCCUUGUUCAAGAAGGCGGCAGCGAUUCCACCAUGGUAUACCAUCCUGUCGGGUCGAACGGAUCCGUCGUGUCGCACCUGCUGCAUGGAGUUAACCACAGCACACCCUGUACCAAGCUCACAGCGCACUACAGUCGCGUGACGAGCUGCAUCUAUCGACCCACGACGAGAGAAUUAAUCACGGGUGGCGAAGACGGACUCAUCAUGUUGUGGACACCACCAGACAUCAAAGUCGACCCAAGACAUGGACGACACGACCAUGAAGAGUCACUGCCGUCGCCACGGUCCACGACCGCUGCCCAAGACGAGGAUGCAUGGAGCGACGACGAUCGCGCGGCAGACGGGGGCGGUGAUGUGUUUGUUCCGCCGAUUCUCCAACGUUCUGACACAGACGGUGGUUUCGCGUCGGCCGGUGAAUUUCGCAUUUAAUUGUAGGUGCAGCACAACACAGA